GGGGGAGAGAGAGACGGAGAGGGAGUGAAGCGCGAGCGCACUGGUUUGGAUUCACUCCACUUUCUCAUCACUCACGGUGCAGCCGCGCGACCCGCUCCGUGCCGGACCGCGCGAGGACCGAAACUGGACCAAGAGGGGACCGGAGCAAUCCUGCGUUACCAGCAGCUUCAACUCUUUUGACACUUUUUUUUUUUUUUUAGAAAGUGUAUAGGGAGAAAAAAGGGUAAGAUUUUUUUAUAUUUUUUAUUGUUUUUUUUUUUUUUUUUUCCACGUCCCGGUGCUUCGUCCACAUUCAGCACCUCCACCCUAACUCCCUCUUCAUCCCGCAGAGAGCGAGCCACCAGCGGAGGAUGCAGCUGCUUCCAUCCGGCCGCCGGUGACGCUUUCAGGGGUCCGUCAGUGAGUCCGGCCGUGCCUCCGGAGAGCGCUGGUCACGACUGACAGAAACUGAGAGAAACUGGAGGAAUAACUACAGCCGUGACUGGAUUGUUUGAUUCGCCUCUGAAUCUUUUUUUUUUUUCGUUUGUUUAUUUUCUUUUCUUUUUUUUUUUUCUUUUUUACUACAACCUUGUGGAUUCUUUAUGAUAAAACAAUUUUUGUCCUGGAGCGUCUGCGUCUGGAUACCGCGGAGGAGCGAGAGCCUGUAGCCGGCGGUGGAGCGCCCAGACCUGGGUCUUUAACUCGAUCCAGAUUGAUGUUGUCCGGCAGAGACAUGGUGAUCCUGAGGUGGGAGCUACUGUCCCUCUUGGCCAUCAUCCUGAUGGUCUCCUGCAAUGCUGCGCCUACAGAUAUUCUGUAUCGGGUAAAUGAGGAACAGCCUCCCAACACGUUGAUUGGCAGCCUGGCCGCAGACCAAGGCCUCCCAGACACUGGACAUCUGUACAAGCUAGAGGUGGGCACCCCUUACCUGAGGGUGGACGGCAAAACUGGGGACAUCUACACCACAGAGAUUCCUAUUGACCGCGAGACACUGAGUGACUGCCAAAACCAGUUUGAUGACAAAUGCUACCUGGAAUUUGAGGUGUCCAUCACAGACAUGGUGAAAGGGAUUGGCUCAGGGCCGCGACUGAUUGAAGGUCGCAUUGAAGUGCUGGAUAUGAAUGACAACACGCCACAGUUCUCUUCACCCAUCCUCUCCCUAGCAAUUCCAGAAAAUACACACAUUGGUGCACUCUUCUCCAUCCCAAUGGCCACAGACAAGGACUCUGGUUCCAACGGCGUGGCUGAGUACUCUCUCAGUUCCGGAUCGGAUGCUGAUCAACUCUUCAGCCUGCAGGUCGCUUUGGACACGGACGAGAAGCAGCCACAGCUGGUUGUCAUGGGUAACUUGGAUCGUGAGAAGAAAGAUUCGUAUGAUCUGAAUAUCCGGGUUGUAGAUGGAGGGGAUCCACCAAGGGCGAGCAGCGCUUUACUGCGAGUCACCGUGACUGAUCAGAAUGACAAUGCUCCAAAGUUUGAGAGAAAUCACUAUGAGGCAGAACUGCCAGAGAACAGCCCACUGGGACACUCCGUUUUGCAGGUUCGAGCCAAUGACGCAGACACUGGUGCCAAUGGAGAGAUAGAUUACAGCAUACAUCAGGCAUCUGAGACUGUUCAGAGGCUUCUGCGCAUUGACCGCUCCACUGGCAUCAUUUACGUCAAAGGCCUGGUAGACAGAGAAGAAACUAAUUUUCUCAAGUUCUUUGUGGUUGCCCGAGACCGUGGGCCUAAUUCCAAGAGUUCCAAAGUCCUAGUGACCAUCAUCGUCAAGGACCAAAAUGACAACGCACCAGCAAUAGAGAUUCGUGGUAUUGGGUUGGUCACUCACCAGGACAGUGUGGCAAACAUCUCUGAGGACAUGCCGAUCGGUACCCCAGUCGCACUAGUCCAAGUGUCUGACCGUGACGAGGGAGAAAACGCUGUGGUGACAUGUGUGGUCGCAGGUGACGUCCCUUUUCAACUCCGUCCUGCUAGCGAGUCAGCCAAUGAUAGAAAGAGAAAAUACUUCCUGCAGACAACGACUCUGCUGGACUAUGAACGAAUUAAAGAUUACCGAAUUGAAAUAGUUGCUGUGGAUUCUGGUAACCCAGCUCUGUCAAGCACCAAUUCUCUGAAGGUCCAGGUCACAGAUGUGAAUGACAACACACCAACAUUUUCUCCACCUUUGCUUGAAGUGUUCUUCCCUGAGGGAAACCAGCCAGGUGACAGAGUGCUAGAUAUUUUGGCCACAGAUGCAGAUAGUGGUAUAAAUGCAGAGAUGAUUUAUAGCAUCAUUGAGUCCUCUGCUAACAGACUUUUUGAGGUCGAUGCCAACACAGGAGAGGUUCGUGUUAAAAACACACUGGAUCGAGAGGAAGUUGAGCGCUAUGAGUUCCAUAUCGCUGCAGCUGACAAGGGGCUUCCAAGUAAAACUGGAACUGCUACAGUGGUUAUAAAUGUUCUAGACCGCAAUGACAAUGAACCCAAAUUUAUGUUAAACGGAUACAGUUUUUCUGUAAUUGAAAACAUGCUCCCACUAAAUCCUGUUGGUGUAGUGACUGUGACUGAUGCUGAUGAGGGGGAGAACUCAAGAGUGACACUGUUUGUAGAACCAGACAAUGGCAAGUUUGUGAUUCAAAAUGGCACAGGAACGAUCCUGUCAAGCAUUUCUUUUGACCGUGAAAAGGAAAGCACCUACACCUUCCGUCUGAAGGCUGUGGAUGGUGGUGAACCACCUCGAUCUUCCUACGUUGGUGUGACCAUCAAUGUCCUGGAUGAGAAUGAUAAUGCCCCCUAUGUCACCAAACCAUCCAACUCCUCUUACACUUAUCUGACACCUGUCACACCUCCAGAAACAAGAGUGGAAGUGGUUGAGGCUGAGGACAUUGAUGCUGGGCCCAAUGCAGAGCUGUAUUAUUCAAUUACCGGAGGAAACCCUUAUGGCCUUUUUCAAAUCUCAUCCACCAGUGGGGAAAUCACACUGGCACAAGCAUUCUCUGGCAAGCACAAUGGGCUUCACCGGCUUGUCGUGAGGGUCAGUGAUCGAGGCAAACCUGCUCGCCACACCACAGCCUUAGUUCACGUGUUUGUAAAUGAAACCAAAUCUAAUGUGUCCCUCAUUGAGGCACUUGUGGGUCACAGUCUUUACACACCUCUGGACAGAGACAUAGCAGGAGACCCUAACUAUGCCUACAGUCAGCAAACCAACAUUUUAUACGCUGUCCUUGCAGGUGUUGCUGUUGUUAUUUUGGUCAUUGUAGCUGUGGUGGUCAUCAGACAUCAUCUGCAGAAAGAUACUAAAAGCGGUUACCAAGCUGGCAAAAAGGAGAGCAAAGAUCUUUAUGCUCCCAAGCAGGGACCCAAAAAUGGCAAAGGAAAAAAGAGCAAAAAGCCCAGAGCUCCAAAACCCACCAAACCACUGGAAGAGGAUGAGGAGGCGAGUUUGCAGAAAGGUUUGAAGUUCAACCUUAUUAAUGACGUUAAUGACAGUCCCAGAAUCCAUCUGCCCCUCAACUAUCCACCAGGAAGCCCCGACCUGGGCCGUCACUAUAGGUCCAACUCUCCUUUGCCAUCUAUUCAGCUGCAACCACAGUCACCCUCUGCCUCCAAGAAACACCAGGCUGUUCAAGACCUCCCUGCAACCAACACCUUCGUAGGGACGGGCGACAACAACUCCACGGGCUCGGAUCAAUAUUCGGAUUACAGCUACAAGGCCAACCCACCCAAAUACAACAACAAACAGCUGCCCCACCGCCGAGUAACCUUCUCCACCUCCAACCAGGCCCAGGAUCUGCAGGAUGCAUCCCAGCACAGCUACUACGACAGUGGCCUGGAGGAGUCAGAGACCCCCAGCUCCAAGUCAUCAUCGGGCCCCCGGAUCGGCCCACUAGCUCUGCCAGAAGACCACUACGAGAGGACCACACCUGACGGCAGCAUCGGCGAGAUGGAACACCCGGAGAACGACCUCAGGCCCCUUCCAGACGUGGCAAUGACCGGUAACUGCACACGUGAGUGCACCGAGUUUGGGCACUCUGACUCCUGCUGGAUGCCCGGCCAGCCUUCCCCCAACCGUAAGGUCUCCAAGAACGCCCCCAAGCUCUCCACCUUUGUGCCUUACCAGGAAAUGGAUGGACAGGAGCACCUGAUGGCCAACGGCAGCCCGAAGCCCAUGGUAACAGAGGAACGUGGGACGGGUGGUGGCGCUGGUGGCAGCAGCUCCAAAGUGGCCAGCAUGAGGUUCAUGACCCCAUACAGCAGUGCCUACCCUGGGAGCGGAGACUCAUCUGGCAAAGACUGUGGCCUCGAGGAGAUCCCACUGAGCCAGGCAGCAGAGUACCACUCUGCUACCACCCCCACUGGCCAGACCUCCAAGAGAGAGAUCUACCUGUGAGGGUCAAGCUCUCAACUUUAAAUCCCCAAUGAUCCACGAUGCCGCUCACCGCCUCACCUCCAACCUCCUCACAUCCACCCCCUGUGCCUACAACUCGCUGUGCUGCAGCACGACUCACCCUUUUUCCUUUUUACAACUGCAUCACCGAACAAGGCUUUAGAACACCCCCACCCCGUCUUACUGCCGCCACCGCUGACACUCCCCUCUAGAAACCAAUCAAAUGUAAGAAUAGACAAACGAAAAUGGAAGAAAAUUCAGUUUUAGCUGCUGUGGAAGGAAUGUAAACUAUGCCACACAGUUGUGAUGAUUUCAUGGGAAACUAUUCAGCUCUUCGCGUAUUUGAGUUAAAUUUUUGUCUGUGGCAUUGCGCGUUGUUGCUGUGUCGGAACAGGAAAAGAACAAGGACUUCAUGGGGGCUAGGGCAGAACUUCUUGUAAAUCCUACUUAAAUAUACUGUGUAAUCUUAUCUAUCCUCGACUUUUUUAUUUUAUUUACUUUCUUUGUUGACUUCGGACGCCGUAGAAAUCACAUUUUUUAGUGAAGUUGAAUUCAAUCAACGGAAACAGCUCAUUGAAAAGACGUUUUCAGAAACGCAGCUGUUUCACAGUCACCGGAGUUGUAUCUUAGUUUUUCCGCAGAACAGAUCCUUUUUUCAGUGUACAGAGCUGUAAAUAUUACAAACAGUGAAAGAGGAAACUGCUGUGGCUCUCAGUGUGGAUCUGUGGCUGUUGUGCUGUCUGCAGAUCUUCACGUAUCGUCACUUUGAUGGACUGAAAAUCUGGGCGCACACAGGGUGACAACAUCGCAGCAUUCGGUGUCCCACUGCAGGAAUAUGGACUCUUGAGCAUCACCGACGGUGCCAAGUUACGACCACAAGACUUUUUGUUGUUUGAGUGUUUCAGUUUUUUUGUUUUGUUUUUGUUUUGUUUUUUUAAUCCUUGCAGCUUCUCAACACUGCUUUUGUGGGAAAGUACAUCCUUAUUUUAUCAAGAGGAAGCUGACUCAGAGGAUUAUGACCUCAUGUUGCUCUCAGUCGUUGACCAUAUUAUGAAAAUUGUUAUAAUGGACUUGUUUAACAGUUAAAUAUAAACACACAAUCUUCAACAUGUGUUACAUUCCCAUUUCAUUGUUUACUGAUGAGAAUCGAAAAAGGUUUUGGGAUAGAAAGUUCUGUUGCCAUCAAAUCACAAUGUUCAUGUUUAAGAAGAAAGAAUGAGAAUACAGAAAUUGUAAAAAUAAUUACAGCCUUCUUUUGUUCUAUGGGUUUCAUGCUUAAGGAUGUAUGUAUGAUCUGGUCUAAAAUUAUUUAAAUCUAAACCUCAAAUUAAGGAAUACCCACAACAAACUCCACAUUAUUUGUAAUUUUUAAAAAUGAGACAAAACAAUGUCAAAUGGAAACACCAUACAGCUGAAUACACCAUCAGUGUGGGUUUUAAUCGUGAAAGCAGAAACAAGCUGCUGCUUGUGAGAUGCUCCUAAAAACCUAUAGACUGUAAACGGUAAACUACUAUAAACUAUAAGCUGUAGUUUGCUGUCAUGACAUGUGCAUGUUUUAGCGCCAGUCUAAUGUUGUCAGAAAGACACAUUAGUGAUCUCAGAGAAGCAAUUGUUGCUCCACAUCAGUCUGGGAAGGGUAAUAUGAUAAUUUCAUAGCAAUUUGAAACCAUCCUCCUACCAAGCUAGAGAAAUAUUAUUCUGUAAUCGAAAGAAUUUACUUCCACAAUGCUGAUGGAGUAUUGACAAAGGUGUACAUUGGUUUUACCUAUGCUGUGUUAUUCUCAGUAGAUUAGUUGGCUUUUUAUGCAGAAAAUUGCAGUUCUCAUACAUUUUGAUUUUCUCGAGGUAUAAAAUUCCAAAAUAGAAGCCAUUUUUGGUUAAACGCAACUUAGUUAAAAUUGAGCUGCAGGGUCUUGGCAUUUUCUCCAUUUCUUAUAACUACAAUUAAAAGUUUAAAUGUCCCAUUGUAAAAGAUCAAAUAAAAAAAAAAAAAUCCUAAAGGUCCAUCCUCUAGGGAGCAGAUGUGAAGUCCAAAACUGCAUAUACUUUCAGCACAACAUUGGGGUAAGAAAAAUUACACAAAUUUUCAGUCAAACUUCAAUGACUAUCAAGUUAUGGUCCAGUUUUGGUACAAACACAAACAAGAAAAAACACAAAAAGAAAAAGCUGAGUAUUUAUCAGAAAGUCCAGCUGGUCUCAGAUGGUUGAGCAAACAUCAAUCGUGAAGCUGCUCCGGCAGCUAGAAUAUGUUAACCACAGUGUUCAUGAAGACUGUUUUGUUUGUUUCUGAAGCAGCUGUUUCCUGUUGAUACUGUCCACUGCAGCUGUUCUCACUCCUGUGUGUUUGACUUUAGAGAGCAUCUCCCUGCUGUGUUUGUUAACUCGAAAGAAGAGCCCUUGGGUCAUUGUCGCCGCUCGUUAGUUUCCAAUUCUUUCCCACCUCUGCGUGAGGCUGAGUUGCUCCAUGUUUAGCAGGAGUAUUUAUUAAGCCAGUUUGCUGUGUCAGGUGGGCGGGGGGCAGCUGGGGAAUGUGGCAGACAGUUGUUGUUGUGCUCCGGUCACACAGAAAUGCAAGAUUAAUGACAUCUGAAUGGGCUUUUGUCCACUAACCCUCCCACUCCCCCACACAUGGAGCUCAGCAGAGAACGUCUAAUUACAACCUGAGGCUCUGCAUAUCACCAGUGAUAAUUUGCAUGAGGAAAAGGGAGUUGGUGUGCAGGUUCAGUAAUUUCAGGUUCAGGUCAAAAUGGCUACUGAAAAUGAUGUGAGAUUUUACCUGAACUGAUGGAGACUAGCAGAAGAGGAUGAAAAGAGGAUAUUGAUUACCCUGCUCUCUGAGAUAGUUUAGCUUUUAAUAUUUAAUAUACUAAAUCAAGUGUGGACAUGUUCAAAGUAUACAUUUUCUUUAGCAGACACAAAUAAAAUAAAGUAAAUGAAAACAUUUGGAUCUUAGAUAAAUCUUAGUUUAAAGCUAAUGAAGAGCUAAAUCUGCAAAAAAAAAAGAACAAAAAGAGAAGUCUGUUUGCUCCACUUUAUACACCUUACCUUAAAGAAAAACAUGAUUAGCAAAAUAAAAAUGAAUGGAAAAGCAUUUCUAAUUUCAAAAACAUGUUUUGCUUAUUUAAAAACAUCCAUCAAGGUUAAAAACUGAGGAUGAAUCCACUGUUUAUAGAGAGAGCAGCAGACCUGAUAUGGUGGUCAUCAAUGCCCAAUGAAUUUAAUAUUAUUAAAUAUUAAAUUCAUUACACACAAUGUGACACAUUUCAAGCAUUUCGUCCGUCAUCUUUUCUCAAAGGUGGCAAUGUUUCUGACUAAAACAUGUUAUAUUUUUGAACUCAUCAAAGUACCUGCUGCAUCUUAUUGUUUUAGAAUCCAAUUGCAAGCCCCAGGAUUGGUUAUAGUUUGUAUUUAAUAAACUAUUAAACAAACUAUUAGACAAGUUAAUAAAAAAAGUAAAACAGUGUCCAAACGCUUGACUGCUACCGCGUUUCUGUGACCAUUUGAAGGAUCCAAAGUGAUGCAUUUUGUACCAUUUUAGUUAAACAUGCCUGUUUAUCACAUCCACAAGGUGAGAUCAAUGUCUUUCUCAAGUGAACAGUAGUGUAACUGACUCAUUAGUUUGGUUUCUUUGCACUCAGCACUUCUAGCCUUCACAGUCAGAGCACCACACCAAAGCAACAUAAACAAGUUGAAAGUCUUUGCAAGUGAACUGAUUACAAAUUAGGGUCAUCAGCUGGGUCAGGCAGGGUUAAUGUCUCAUUUCAUGAGGCAAACAGCUUGAUGGAGCAUCUUAGAUUGCUUCUCUCUAACUCUUGUGUUUUUAUCUUCAAUGUACAAUCAUCCGUUACAUAUCAGACAGCUAAUUGCUUUGUGUUGUGUUUCAUAUUUGGUUCAAUUUGAGGUAAAGCUUGACGUGUGGGCUCUUCUGCAGUUGUUCUCAUGAUUCAGCCUCCGAAUAAAGUUUGAUUUAUUCUCGACAUAUCUGCCCGUUCAGUAAAUAUGCUCAUACAACGACACACAUACAUCAACCGUCAUUCAGCUGCCGCUCAGCCCUACCCGCGGAAGAGAUUUAGAGCUCAUGAGUGCUGCAUGCGUCUGCGGGUGAUUUAACACCCGAGCUCAACGGUCUGAUUGAUUAUUUACAGGCGUAUCGUGGCGGUCCACCUUCACUCCUCUGCUCCUCUGCUACGUCCAGCGGCCGCUCGGGCGCGCGGUCAGAGUCCCGGUUGGCCUGUGUUUUGCUGAGUGCAGUGUGUGGUGUAAGGAUGCAGAAAAAGGUCUAGAGGUCUUGUAGCAUCAGCUUAGCCUCAACCUUUUGGCACCAAUUAACCCUGGAAGAAAACAACAACGCUCUGGUAACCUCUGGCAAUCUUUGGUGAACUCUGCAACGUUAGUUUUACGUCAAGAGAAAACAGUGCUUUGGUGUUUGUGCACAUACUCACUAAGAGAUUAGUUUACUUAUUAUAGACAUGAAUAGGUUUAAGUUCUUAAAAUACUUUUUAGUACAGAUAAACUUAAUUAAGCCUAGAUAAAAGAUUUGGGCUGGGACUCAUUAAGCUCUUCCAAACUGGUAGACUGAAGUCAGUUUUCUCCUCUAUGUACCUUAUAUUUGCAUUAUUAACAACUCAAUCGGUCUGAUUGGCAUCAUCAAAAGGAUUGAGCCAAUCAAGUCUUCCUUCUAAUUUUUCAAUUCAUAAGAAAUUGGAUAUAAGUGAGCUAAAACACAAAAAAUAUUAUGAUGGAAAAACAGUCCUGUAAUGAAGCAAGGCAUUGCUAUUUUCAUUCAUAGUGAAGAUAUAUAUUAUUCCCUAAUUUGUCAAUGAAAGCAUAGUUGUUUAAUUUCUUGUGGCAAAAAUACUUGCAGGAAAGUUUGCUCACGAAACAUCAGUUAGAUAAAGCCUAAUGUCAAGAAAUAUUUAUGACAGCUAAUGGAUAAUUUUAUUAAAGUUUGUUUACAGAAAAUUGUGCAAACACAGCAAAGGCAACAAAUAAGUGCUUCCCAUAAAAAACAGAAGGCAACAAAAAAAUAAAUGUCGCACACAAAAAAAAAAAAGUCAAAUAAAACUAAACAUGGAAAAAAUGACCCCAAGUGGUCUGAACUGUGUAAACUGCACAGUGGUCACAAUUUUGAGGAACAAGGUAAAACGCAGUUGUGUUAAUUAUAAUGAGGAAACCUGGACAAAUUUAUCCGUAUCGGACAUUUAAGCAAAAGGACAAAUCAAAGCCCUUUAGAUGAACAAAAAGAAUCAAUGUCAAACAUUCAAAAACACUAUUACAAUGCAGUGCUGUAAUAAAGAAAAUAAUGAGAAGUUGGAAUCCAGAUUAAAAUGAAUGAUGUUCCAGCCUUUCAAAGGCAGCUCAAAACAGACGAAACAAAAGUAAAAAUUACCUUCAUUUACAUUUCAUUCCAGCUGGUAUGACUGUGCAGUCAGACUGUCAGAUUUGAUAAAACCAAGUAAAGAGGAACAGCUACCGUGCUGAGAAUAUAGCUAUUUAUUUCUUUGCUUGACUUUAACUCACAUUUCUUCUUCUGUUUUUUAUCUUGUAUGACUGCAGCAGGAGCCCUGAGGUGUGUCUUGAGAACACUACAUAGAAGUUUCGAUAAUUUGGCAAAAAAAAAAAAAAAAAAUUCAUAGAAGAAAUUCAACUAGACAGAAUUUCAAAAUCAAGAGUAAAAGAAAAAAAUCUUUUUGGGUGUAAUUUUACCCAGAAACACGUAUCAAUAGUAAUAUUAUUAAUAAAAAAUACUUUAUACCCAGCAUAUGCGGUAACAGUCAAAUAUUUAGACAAGGUAAUGAAAAAAGUAAAACGGUGUCCAAACGCUUGACUGCUACCGCGUUUCUGUGACCAUUUGAGGGAUCCAAAGUGUCAGCAAACACUUCCUGCUCCCUGGAGGAAAACCUAAACCCCCCGACACAUCCUCCAGCCUCCCGACCUACCUGUCACCCCCCAGGAGACCUUCUGUCACACACUUUGACAGUCUCUGUAUGGGUGUGUAUGUGUGCGCAGGAAGAAGGAUGGGAGCUGGUCGCUUUGCAUGAACAUUUCAAAUCCACUUCACAGUGACAGAAAUUGAUAUUUCUGACAUUUUCUCUGUGUUGAAAUUCAGAUAUUCUGUUUGCCAAAAUAUUCAGGUGGACUUGCGAUAUGCACUGAUUCAUAUCUAAUCAAAGAAAAUGAUCUCUUUGGACCUUUUCAUUGAAAGUGGAAAAACUAUUUGUAAAAGUAGCGAGUAUCUUCACUCUUACUUGACAAUAAAAUGGACCAUUGUACACAUUAAUAUCUAUCAGUUAAUUUAUAUCAUAUACAAAUUCAGUGUGUGCUUCUCAAACCAAGCUGCAGCUCUUAUUACAAAAUAGCAUUACACUCCUUCAAUUUUACUCUUCAUUCAGUAUUAACUGAAAUUUAUUGCUGAUUUGUUCAACAUGUAUGACAGAAAUGCAUAAAUAUUUUGUGAAUAUUUUGUGAAAACCCUUUCUUAUUUCAUUUUUUAAACCUUUAGAAAACAAAAAUUGUACAAACACUACUGGAUAAAUUAAAAUUGUGGGUAUUUUGCACAGUUUUCUAAAAGAAAAGAUUUCUUGUGACACUGGGCAUCAGCUGGAUUUCCCCCCUUUUAUUUUUAUUCAUUUUAAGUUCGGGGAGAUAUAAUUCUGAUUAUCCAACCAUUUUGUUUGUAUCUUUACCAAACUAAUUGUCCUUACAUCAUAUUUUGGGUCAUGUAAAGAUAAUUUUUCUCAUCUCUGACCUGUCAGCUGGUGUUGUUAUGGAACUGACUCGGUAAAUUCAAUGUUUUCUCUCUCAGCUUUCUGAGAUCCAGUUGGGAACGAGUUGAUUCCCCUUGUUCCAUUUGCGAUGUGUAUAAAUGGGACAUUUGCUCUGCUGAACAUGUUAGACACAGAAAAAAAAACACACUUCAUAAUUAACACACAGGAAUUGCAUUGAAUUUAUUAAAAAAAUUUUCAUCAGGAGAACAAGUACUGGAUAAUGGCUUAAUAUUUGCAUUGCUUUUACUAAACUUCCAUUUAGUCAGCAAAAGUUUUACUUGAGAAUCAACAAACGUCUUAGCAGAUUGAGGAAAGGUGAUGAGCAACAGAAGGUUUAUCAACUGACAGAGGAGCAAUGCAAUCGACUUUUAAAUGUGCCGCUGCCUCUGAGCAGUUAAACAAUAAUAAUACAAACUAUUUAAUCUAUUAAAGAACAUAAAUGCAAAGGAUGUAUUCUAAUUAAAAUAUCCACGUGAAAAUACUUUUUUUUUUCCAAAUUUGUGACAAUAAGUGACAAUUUAGUCUGGAAAGGCCUUCCCAUCCAUUAAUCCAUCACCUUCCGCUUAAUCCAAGGUUGGGUCACGGAGGCAGCAGUUUAAGAAAGAAGGCCCAGACUUCCAUUGUCCCUCCAAUGUCUGGGUGUUUCUCUGGGUGUCUGUGGGACGUGGCUGGAAAUCCUGACCAAGGAGUCAACCAGAUGCCCCGACCAGAUGCCUGAGCCACCUCUACUGGCUCCACUCAAUGAGGAGGAACAGUGACUGUACUUUAAAACUCUCUAAUUGAUUGAGGUUCCUCAGAAUGAAAAUCAUUUUAGGCGCUUUUAUCUGCUGGACAGAAUCAUUUUAUAUUAAAAUAGGUUAUCAUUUGUGAAAGUGUAGAUUCAUUAACCUCUCAGCCUAUCCUUUUCUUGUAAAUCUUAACAUGUAUCAUUGCAACACAUUUAAAUUUCCAGCCACUCUGGUUCCUCAAAGUACAUUUUGUACUAAGUACUCAGUAUGCUUUUUUACUUUGAACACACUUUUGUGUAACAAAGAAGAAUUAAAAACAUUCUUCUCAAAAUAAAUACUUGUUUUGAAUACCUAUAUUAUAUUUUGAUAGAUGCCUUUCUUAUUUCAUAUCAGAAACAUGUUAGCGGAAAUAAAAACCAAGUCUAAAUCUAAUAGGAGUAUGCAUAAUUUUAGUCUCAAUUGUACUUCUAUUGCAGCCUUUCCUUGCAAUUGAUUGAAACGAAUUGGAGAAAAUUACUUCAAAGUAUUGAAGUGUGUACAGAAAAUGCAAAAUUUAGGUAUGAAAAAACAAAUUACAGAGAUUUAGGAAGGCAAAGAAAUAAAAAAUAAAAAACUACUGACACUGGAAACAAAAAAUAUUCUCAAAAUAUCUUGACAUUUCUUUUCCCACUUAGCCUAAAAAAAAACUGUUCAGUUUUGUUAAUCCUUUAUUUUUCUCAUGAUAAAUUCUUGCAAUGCAAGAAUUUGUGCUUUGAAGUGUUAUAGUUGUUCAAGUUGUUCAAUUAUUUGUGUAAUUGAGUGAUAAUAACACUGCAAAGCAACAUCAUCAUAUAUUCAUUUACAUGGAAAGGAGAAAACUGAGAUCUGAUCAAUCAGAUUUAAAAGCCAAAAUAAAUCCUUCACAAGAACAAAAAUAAGAUGAACAAACAAUUCAGUCAAGUUAAUGCGACACAUGUUGUGUUAUUGUCUCAGAUAUUGUCUCUGGUACUGUUUAGUUCACCGUGAUUUGCCUCCCUUUCUAGAGAAGACUUUAUUAAAAAGGUGAAAUGUACCUUUUACCUUAAGCAACAUAUAAUGUGUAGUCAAAUUAACUGUGAUUGAGAUGUAAUGGCUUCUUCCUUUGAUUUAAAAAUGAAUUGAUCUGCUUGGAUAUUUUUGUUUUUUCUUUGCCUGAAAAGAAAAAACAAACUCUCCGGGAUUACGUUACUUAUUACUUCUUUGUAUUUAAGUUAAAAUGUUUAGCAUUAAAUAUGACCAAAUCUACCAGAAAACCUUCUGCUUGCUCUGCUCUGCAUAAUCCAUUGAACCCAAUUUUAACCUUUCACAAUACAAAAAAAGUUUUCAGUGGAAGUUAAGUAAAGUUUGUCCUUCUGAAGUCGUUUUAAGGUUUAAACCUUUUCACUAAUAGAUCAGAUCUACAGCUUGAUGAGGCUGAAUUUUGUCAGUGCAAACGUCCAGUGGUAACUCAAAUGCAGUUCUACACAGAUGGCUCCACAUGAAUCUUGGAAUAAAGUUUGGUUUUCAGAUUGUGUAUUAUACCAAAGCUGGAGUCUCUGGAAGUGAGGCCUCAGCUGAAGCAUGAAGACAUGCCGAUUUAUAAAUAUGAUACAUUUCUGUUAUUGUCACAGUUGUUUAUCAAUGAUAUGGAAUCGACACUGUUAUAGACAUACAAUAUGGAAAUAAGUAAUUGUUUGUUGUUGUUUUUUUUUAAAGCUGAUGUGUGAAUGAUGAAUUGUUAUUUCGUCCCAAGCGAGCAAGUUCGCUACAAGUUUUUUAUUUCUCAACUCAACAUAAAUUAAUAGCUAAAUUUGGAAGAAAUUACAAAGACAGACUGGUUGAGCAAGCUUAUUUUUUUCCAUCCAGAAUAUAGAACGGUCUAUCCAAAGUUUAUCACAGAUGUAAAAUGUAGUCAUAUGACAACUAAAACCCAGUUUUCAAUGCAUUCUUGAGAAAAUUGAAACAACAAACUUAUAGUGGAUCCUUCUGUAAGCAAAAAUAAAACUCAAACGAUAUUAAAAUAGAAAUAUGUAAGGGCAGGGAUUUCACAGACCAACACAAUUUGUGCACAAUUUUGAAGAUCACCAUGAAAAUGUAUUAUUUUCACAAAUGAAAUCAUCUGAACACCAAGAAAAUGACAAAUGUUGUUAUUUAGAAAUAAGACCAUCUGUCUUUUUCACUUCUAUUCAAAAUUGUGCACAAUUGUGGUGGUUUGAUAUGAAAUCCCACUCUACUGGUUAAAUGUUUUGGUUCUAGCAUUAAAAAAUAUGAAAAGUUCAAUAAGGAUUAAUACUUUUGCAAGGCACCCUGUAUAUGUGGUAUUGUUCCUAAAUAUUUGAGGUUAUAAUUUGCAAAUUUAAGAAAAGCAGUUGUCAUUUCUAUGUAUUUUUAUGGAGCUCAGGGUGUGGCGUCCACAUUUAUAUAUUACUAAUAAGAAACUAAAAAUCUUCAUAAAAGUGAUCAUUGGCACAAAUUCCUUCAGUGAUUUAUUGGGUUUUUAAGUCCAAAUUUGUAUAGAAAAACAUUAAUUUUGGUCUUAACAGCAUGAAAAUUUUACAAUAUAGCAAAACAAAAAUACAUUUUUUUUUCAAUUAGAAAAAUAAGUGGAGAAAAGUAUUGAAUGAUUUUUGCUUUUACAUGAAGUCCACAUUUGUAACCUAAAUGUUGGUUGGUUAUAUUUAUAUAGAGAAAAAAAAACUGCUAGUGAUGCCUUGUUUUUUUGUACAGUUUUAUGUACAUGCAAGUGUAGGUUUUUGAAAGAUGAAGAUGAGAAACUAUAUAUAUUCAAAUCCGUGAAGGAAUCCAGAACCUGUAGGAAUAUAUCAUCUAAAGUACCGUAGGAUCUAUUGUAACGUAGGAGAGAGGAGUAAAGCUCAGAGUGGAGGAAGACAGCGUCCCUCCUCCUCCGAUCAUUCACCCACUCCUAAUUUUUUCCAUUUUCCAUUUUCGUUCUGAAACUGAUCUCUUGUUUUCGAUGUCUUUUGAUUCUCUUGGAGGACGUUUGGUGAUGUGUUUGAUCCUCAUCUGUUCUCUUUCUAUUGGCAUGUUUGAAUAAAAAAAUGUGGUAUUUUAUUUUUGCUGAGCAAAUCAAAGAAAUAUCUUGUAAUUACUCCUUCCUUAUAGCUUUACAAUAAAAUCCAUUCAGUCGAAGAAAGAU